AUGUCUCUCUUGUCGCUAUCUGCGCGGCAUUCCGCGUCUGUGGCAGCCGCUCCGGCCGUCCGUUGCGGCGCGGUCGCCCUUCCAUGCUGCCCGUCGUCGGCGCGCGCGGCCCACCUUUCGCGCGUUGACGCGCGCACGGCCGCCGCGCCGUCCAGCUCGUCGAGGGCCGUGGCGAGGGCGCAGCGCCCCAAUAUGGGGAGAGCUCGCGCGCACGCGGUGUCGGUGGCAGAGGGGCAGACGGCGGAAGGCUCGGCGCGCGGUGAGGGGGAGUUUGAGGCGGUGAUCGGCAUCGAAACGCACGUGCAGCUGAACACGGCGACCAAGGCGUUCUGCAGGUGCGCGGCGCAGUACGGCGCGGCGCCCAACGAGCACGUGUGCCCCACGUGCAUGGGGCAGCCCGGCGCGCUGCCCGUGCUGAACGCGCGCGUGGUGGAUGCGGCUGUGCGGCUGGCGCUGGCGCUGCAGUGCCACGUGGCGCUGACGAGCAAGUUCGACCGCAAGCAGUACUUCUACCCCGACCUGCCCAAGGGCUACCAGAUAUCGCAGUUUGACGAGCCUCUGGCAGCGCGCGGCCACGUGGAUGUGGACAUGCCCCUCGAGGCGGGUGGCGGGCGGCGGCGCUUUGGAGUCACGCGCGCCCAUCUGGAGGAAGAUGCCGGGAAGUCGCUGCAUGGGGGGGAUGGCAGCCAGGUGGAUCUGAACCGGGCGGGGGUGGCACUGGUGGAGGUGGUAUCUGAGCCCGACAUGCGCUCCGGGGCAGAGGCAGCUGAAUACGCCGCCGAGCUGCAGAGACUGGUGCGGUACGUGGGGGUGGGCAACGGCAACAUGGCGGAGGGUUCCAUGCGCUGCGAUGUCAACGUCUCCGUGCGGCCCCGUGGUCAAACCACCCUUGGCACCAAGGUGGAGAUCAAGAACAUGAACUCUUUCAAGGAGAUGCAGCGUGCCAUUGACUUUGAGAUCACGCGGCAGUCACAGCUGCUCCGGGACGGCAAGGCGCAGCACAUCGUGCAAGAGACGAGGCUGUGGGACGAGGGCAAGCAGGAAACAGCCCCGAUGCGGUCCAAGGAGGGUCUGGCGGACUAUCGGUAUUUCCCCGACCCGGACCUGCCCGCGCUGCACCUGGAAGAGGCCUUCCUGCACCAGCUGCAGGCAGGCCUGCCGGAACUGCCGGAGCAGCGGCGGCGGCGCUACGAGGCGCUGGGGCUGUCCAUGCAGGACGUGCUCGUGCUCGUGGACGACCGGGAGUUCUCGGACUAUUUUGACGGAGUGCUGGCAGAGGGGACGGACCCCAAGGCGGCGGCCAACUGGCUGAUGGGCGACGUGACGGCGCUGCUCAAGGCGCACCGCUGCUCCGUGCUGGCCAUGGCCGCCCGCAUGCCGCCCGCCAGCCUGGCGGAACUCAUCGCGCUCAUUCAGGACGGCACCAUCAGCGGCAAGAUCGGAAAGGAGCUGCUGCCAGUGCUCUUCUCGGAAGGCGGCAGUGCACGCAAGCUGGUGGAGGCUAAGGGGCUGCUGCAGAUCUCAGACGAGGCGGCCAUAGAGCGGAUGGUGGAGGAGGUGCUGGCGGGCAACCCCAAGCAGGUGGAGCAGUUCCGCGCCGGCAAGACCAAACUGCAGGGCUUCUUCACCGGGCAGGUAAUGAAGGCAUCGGGGGGUCGAGUGAACCCGGCGCUCAUGAACAAGAUUUUAAUGAAGAAGCUUCACGCAUCAUCGUGA